UAUUAUAUUGGAGUCGUCUAUCACAUGAAUGUGAUGGUGAAUUAGACUCAUAAAUGAACAAUGCUUGCUUCAUCUAUCGACUGUAUCACUCAUGAUGAGGUACUUGUUUCUUGUUAUCCUAAUACUUGGUGGCUUUCCUUCCCUGAAAGGAAGUCCGGGACUAUUUUCACGUGUCAGAGAGUGGCUAGAGACAAGAAGAGCCUGUAGCUGUGACUGCCCCGUUUAUUUUGACACAGUUUGUGGGUUUGACCAUGACAAUGGGUACGUGCUGGCUGACAACAUGUGCCUCAUGCUGAGACACAAUCAAUGUCACAAGACAAAUUACGUGAGAGUGGAUGAUUCAAUUUGUGAAGAUUUGCUCAACGUUACUCAACACUUUGUACCACCUUUACUGAUAGUUACCAAAAGUAUUCUGUAGUUCUAUAGUAAUAAUAUUAUGUUUUCAAUGAAAAAUGC